AGCCAUUUUGGCCAAGGUUUGGCUCGGGGGGACGCAGCCUCCGCAGGGUGGCGCACCGCUCGCGUGUGCGCGAGUGCUAGACGCAUAUAAGCCUCGCCAUGGGGGACGACGAGGAGGAGACCAUUGCGGCGGCCGCGCCGGAGGCGGAGGAGGAGGUGACGGACCUCAUGACGGCCGUCCGCAAGGUGCUCAAGAACGCCCUCGUGGUCGACGGCGUCAUCCGCGGGCUGCACGAGGUCGCCAAACACAUCGACGGCAGCAAGGCGCAGGUGGUGUUCCUCGCGGAGUCCUGCAAUGAGGCCACGUACAAGAAACUGGUGCAGGGGCUGUGCCUUGAAAAGAACGUGCCCCUGAUCGACGUGCCUGACAACAAGUCGCUCGGCGAGUGGGCUGGCCUUUGCCGCAUCGACAAGGACGGGCUUCCGCGGAAGGUGGUCGGCGCCAGCUGCGUGUGCAUCACCGAGUACGGGGAGGAGGGUAACGGGUACGAGUACAUGAUGAACUACCUAGCCAAGUGACGCGCCGCGACCCUCCCGCCGCGGGGGCCCUGGUCCAGCGCCCUGCCCAGAGGAGAAACGAGCUCGUCGUCGUCGUCGUCGUCGUCCUCCUGCCUCCAUUGGGCCUCUCGGUCUUCCCCCUCAUCUCCGUCCUCCUUCC